AUGUUACUGGCCUUGAAAGAGAUAAUCAUUAUUCUUAUUUUAAACAGGCGUGAGGCGAAAGGUCAUGAUGAGGAUGGAAAUGAGCUACAGACGACACCAGAGUUCAGAGCACAUGUUGCGAAGAAACUGGGAGCAAUGCUAGAUGGUUUCAUCACUGUCUUGAAGGACUCAUCAGGACCUUCACAAAAUUCUGUGCAACAGUCUGACUCUGCAGAUGAUGGUUUUCGCCUCUUCUCUUCCUCUGUCCCAGGAGACUGUGGGAAAUCGGAGCCUUGCCCUGCAGCAAGGAGGAGACAGCCAUCUAGCUCCAGUGACAUGGACAGUGACCAGGAGUGGCAAAAGUACCAGGAGGCUGCUGUGUCAGCUGCAGACAUUCUGAAGCAAAGUACUUUUCCUGCACUGUCCCAGGAUUCCAGCCGAAAUCAGAGUCAGGGUUAUGUAGAGCACAGCCAGAAAAAAAAGAAGAAAAAGAAAAUUAGGGGAGAGAAUGAUAUUCAAGAGAAAAUAAUAGACCCAGCAGAGUGUGGCCAGAUCAGCAAAGAUUUGCCACAGUUGGUGUCCGCAAAUGGACAGCGUGAGAGACAGGACAGCAAUCAUACAGAGAACUCAGUGUUGCCAGGAGUUGUGAAGAAGAAGAAGAAGAAGAAAAAAAGAGAAUGAAGAUUUUGCUCUGCAAAUGGCAGGUGAUUAUGAUGGAUGAAGGAUGCUGAAAAAAAACCCUAACAAAAAGAGUUGCUGCAGAUGAGGGAAAACUAAUUGGCAAAGCUUCUGU